AUGGAACCCUUUGUGCCUCCGGGCGCUCCAGUUCCUCCCAAACAACCUGUUUCUUCGUUGACCAAACUUUUGAGCGAAAAUAAUUCUGCUGCUGCUUCUGCAAAUGCUUCGCUGACCUCACUUAAUGGACUUAACCGUAAGCAGUCAGAAAAAACAACUCCUAUUAAUGAAUCAUCGAAUGAUACCGUUGCGCAGCCCGAUCUCGAACCGGGUCUCACUAUCCCCUUGGGAAUCCCCGAUCCAAGUGAUCUAACCGAAGAUUUACUGCCUCUGCAACGGGCCCCUGUCGUUGUGAGUGGCGGCUUCGACUCGCCUAGCGAUGCUAUGCCCAGCCGUUCGUUUAGCCGCACCCCAAGUGGCCUCAGCCCUAGAAUCAAUCGCACUAAUUCUGUGUCACAUACGUCUUUCUUUUCCACUGGCGGUUAUGGCGGAGAAAGCUUGUCAUCUUCUAUUCCCUAUAGCGCCCCUGGAGGAAGGGCUGGACAUAUGGCUGCAAGUUCGUUGAGCAAGUCCAACGGCUUCGGAACGCCGUCCAACCUCUCCACGGCGUUGCACAUGUCGUCGCCCUCGCAAGACCAUGUGCCCAACUUGCCCAACGGACAACCCAUUUCGUCCGUCCAUUUCCUGUCUCCGCAAGUGGGUUCGCUGCUGAUCGAACCGCGGUUUGUGGUGUCCAAACAACGGGUGGCGCAGGCUCAGGCUGCAGCUUCGUUGUCAACGUCUGCACGCCUGGGAUCGCAGUCAAGUCUCCUGCUUUUCUUCUCCUCAAAGAAGCAGCCUAAAAACAGCGCAUCGUCAACUGAUUUGGGCCACUUCUACAGUAAUGCACACCCACAGGAUAACCAGAUGCCUGGCAGCUCGCCAUCUUCGACAUCAUCCAUGGACUCGGUGCCCAUGCAUGCGAGCUCCCGGCACAACUCCAUGGCUAACUUGAUGCGCUUCUUCAAAAAGGGUUCGACUACGCCAUCACAGCCCAUCCCAGUGGGGAACAUGUCUUCUUCCUUGCGCUCCAAUAACAUGCCUUCGGCCAAUGCGACACCGAUCAACAGUUCUAUGUUUAACGCCUCUUACACUAAUCAGUCAGCUAACUCCCUCACCUCUGACACAUCCUACUCACAGUCGCCGGGCGGUUUCGUAAGUAGAACCCCAUCUAUGCGUGGCCCGCAGGAACGGAGAACUUCUGUUCUGACCAUGCUCACCCAGCAGCACCAACAGUUGCCGUUCUCAAAAAGAUAUAGUAAGUUUGGUGAGAGCUUGGGUGCGGGAGCAGGAGGUGCUGUGAAACUUGUCACACGCUUAUCGGAUAAGAAAACUUUCGCCGUCAAGGAGUUCAGGACUAAACACCAAAAUGAAACAAAAAAGGACUAUGCCAAAAAGAUUACAGGUGAGUACUGUAUCGGUUCAACUUUGAAGCAUCCGAACAUCAUUGAAACGGUGGAGAUUUGUUACGAGAAUGAUCGUCUUUUGCAAGUGAUGGAGUAUUGUGAUUUUGACUUGUUCGCCAUUGUCAUGUCCAACCAAAUGUCUCGUGAAGAAAUCAACUGCUGUUUCAAGCAAAUUUUGUGUGGUGUCAACUACUUGCAUUCGAUGGGGCUUGCUCACAGAGACUUGAAGUUGGACAACUGUGUUAUUGACGCCCGCGGAAUUGUGAAAAUCAUUGAUUUCGGCUCUGCAGUUGUGUUUUCGUAUCCUUUCACGAAAACUUUGAUUGAAGCUCAAGGUAUUGUUGGGUCGGACCCCUAUUUGGCUCCGGAAGUCUGCGUCUUCAACAAAUACGACCCUCGCCCUGUCGACGUUUGGUCAGUGGCAAUUAUCUACUGCUGCAUGAUGCUCAAGAAGUUCCCAUGGAAGGUUCCCAAGAUGAUAGAUAGCAGUUUUAAGAUGUUCGCCACACGCAGUGAAGGCCUUCCUUUGAGUGAAAUGCUCAUCAAAAUGCCUGAGCCCAAACCAGCAGAGCAUAGUGGCCUCACUGAUCUCGGUGUUAUCUCGCAAGCUAUCGAUGAAGUCGCUGAACUGGCAGACGUCGACGCUGCGGCUGCUGGAAAAGCUCAUACAUCUAGUGAGACGGGUGCCGGAAGAUUAUUGCUUGCAUUACCAGAGGAUUGUCGUCCUUUGUUGGGACGCAUGGUAGAGUUGGCUCCAGCGUGCCGGAUUUCUGUCGAAGAAUGUUUUGAAGAUGAGUGGUUGAAGUCUGUGCACAUGUGUACUGUGGAGGAGGUUGUCAAUGCGGACGGGUCGAUGAACUGCCAGAGUUUUCAAGGGCGAUGA